AUGUAUGUAAUGGGAGCGCUUGGUCCCGCCGCUGGAUAUUUGCUAGGAGGACUUCUGAUUGGUUUCUAUGUUGAUCCUAGGACAACUGUUUAUAUUGACCAGAGUGAUCCCCGAUUCAUUGGAAACUGGUGGAGUGGAUUUCUCCUUUGUGCCAUUGCAAUGCUCCUUGUGAUAUUUCCCAUGUUUACCUUUCCGAAAAAGCUCCCUCCUCGACAUAAAAAAAAGAAAAAGAAAAAGAAGAUGAACUCUGAUGAUGUUUCAAGUGAUGAUGAAGUUAUGAAAGAGAAAACAAAUAGCAAAAUACAAGCAGACAGUGCAGUUCCUGCCUCUAUGGGAUUUGGAAAGAAUGUUAAAGAGCUUCCGAGAGCAGCUGUCAGGAUCUUAAGCAACAUGACAUUCCUUUUUGUGAGUUUGUCAUACACAGCUGAGAGUGCCAUUGUCACAGCUUUUAUUACCUUCAUUCCCAAGUUCAUCGAGUCACAGUUUGGCAUCCCAGCUUCCAAUGCCAGCAUCUACACUGGUGUGAUUAUUGUCCCAAGUGCUGGUGUUGGUAUUGUCCUAGGUGGCUACAUUAUAAAAAAACUGAAACUCGGUGCAAGAGAGUCUGCAAAGUUGGCUAUGAUCUGCAGUGGUGUAUCUCUGCUGUGCUUUUCAACUCUCUUCAUUGUUGGAUGUGAAAGCAUUAAUCUAGGGGGAAUAAAUAUACCUUACACGACUGGCCCCACUCUUGCCAUGGCCCACAGGAAUCUGACUGGGAGCUGUAAUGUUAACUGUGGAUGUAAGAUUCAUGAGUACGAGCCUGUCUGUGGAUCAGAUGGAAUAACCUAUUUUAAUCCUUGCCUAGCUGGCUGCAUCAAUGGUGGAAACCAUAGCACAGGGGUAAGAAAUUACACGGAAUGUGCCUGUGUCCAGAGUCGCCAGGUGAUCACUCCGCCAACGGUGGGCCAGCGCAGUCAGCUCCGGCUGGUUAUUGUGAAAACCUACCUGAACGAGAAUGGCUAUGCUGUUUCUGGGAAGUGCGAUCGAACCUGCAACACACUUAUCCCAUUCCUGGUAUUUCUCUUCAUUGUUACCCUUAUAACAGCGUGUGCCCAGCCGUCAGCAAUCAUAGUGACACUCAGGUCCGUAGAAGACGGGGAGCGGCCCUUUGCACUAGGAAUGCAGUUUGUUUUAUUACGAACUCUUGCUUACAUUCCCACUCCAAUUUAUUUUGGGGCUGUUAUUGACACCACAUGCAUGCUUUGGCAACAGGAUUGUGGCAUACAAGGAUCUUGUUGGGAGUACGAUGUUACCUCGUUUCGUUUUGUCUACUUUGGGUUGGCAGCUGCUCUCAAGUUCGUGGGAUUCUUUUUUAUUUUCCUGGCCUGGUAUUCCAUUAAGUGUAAAGAAGAGCAACUGCAGAGACGGAGGUGGAGGGCUUCGCCAGUGAACACUGUGAGUGAGAUGGUCGGCCAAGCUGGACCCCAACAAAACUAUGCACGGACUAGAUCCUGCCCUACCUUCAGUUCCCGAGGAGACAUCAGUGUGGCACAAGGAAUGAACUGCGUAGCACAGACAUACCCCGGCCCUUUUUCAGAAGCAAUAAAUUCCUCAAAUGAAAAUGUGUUGGAAGAAGUCACUGCUGAGAUAUAG